AUGUUUGACCCUGCGAGGCUGCUCGCGCUGCGAACGCCUGCAGGCGUGCUCGCGCCACGAACACCUGCAGGCGUAACUUACGUAACGCCUGCAUUGCUGCCGUCAACGCCUGGAUUCCUGCCGCCAACGCCUGCAAGCGUGCCGCCGGCGCCUGCAGCAAGUCCCAGCUCUGAGGAAGACUCCCAGGUAUCGCCGUCUGAGCUCUUUGAGGUCGAUACGGCGACAACGGCCUGCCCCGAUUUGGGAGCCACCGCCUGGUACAAACUGGAGAUGCAGAUUAAUGGGGAUUUAGAAGCAUAUGCACCAGGACAGCCUGAGUAUUCCGCCACGCAUGGCCCAGCGGGCUCGUUUCGGAUGCGUUUAAAGGUCUAUCCACUUGGCGUCGGCCCCCACAAUGCCGGGUCGCUGGGGGCAUUCCUCGAGCUCAUCCCGCCUUCGCACUUGGCCGAGAGUGAGUGGUCUUGCCCUGACGUGCGAUUUGACAUCGCGGCCCUGCACGGUGGGUAUCAUGGGCAGUGGUGGAUGCGGGAGACUACAAGCCACACAUUUACAUCUGCCAAACCAUGUGUGGGCUGGGAAAACUUCGUGCGGGAUUGGAGCGGAUGGUUGAGCAACAACGGAGAGCUCAUGCUCGAAGCUUCUGCCAGACUGCCCACAAGGCGGAACUUCCAUGAAGCUCCGAGCUGCAGCUACCCAGCCAUGGACUUUACACAAGACCCCGCCUUCAUUACCUUCUUCGUGCGCGAUGGCCCACCGAUCUUCUUUGACAAGCGGGUUCUCAUAGCACGUUCGGACUACUUCCGGGAUAUGCUCUCCGAAGCGAGGUUCAAGGAAGCACAGACCAACGAAAUCGAUCUGCGUUCGGAUCCUCACGCCGAUGUCCGCUCGGUCACUGCGAUCCUAACCUUCUUCAUGUCCGAGACAUUCCUGGCGAGGGGAGACGCGCUCCUGGCCUUUGCGGUGCGCCGCCUUGCCGACCGCUACGGCCUCAAAGAGCUUCUGCUGAAGGCGGAGAGUGAGCUGGAGAGCCUGCUUUGCGCCGACAACGUGCUCGAGUUCUUGGGGCAGGUGACAGGCACGGGUGGGCUGCUGGAGAUGGCCUGCCUCGAGAUGAUUAAGGCGAACAGCUGCGAGCUGUUGGACCAACAGCAGGAGAACCUGGACCGCAUCGCCGAGGCGAACCCUGAACUAGUAAAACAGCUGUUCCGAUUGCUCAUUGAAGCGAAGUCUCACAAGAAGCGGAGGCUGAUGCACUGGAGAUUUCUGGAUAACGACCUUUUCGGCAACAACCGCAUUCCCAAAGCCUCCUGCGAUGACUGCGGCAACGUAGACCUGGACAGGCCAUCGGAUGCCUUCUCCGGCGCCGCGGAUUUCUGGGAGCUUUGGACCCCCUCUGGGCAAGGACGGCCCCUGGUCAUGGACUGCGCAGGCGUGCCGUCGAGGGAGAGCUACUGCAGCCAAGAAGGACCAGGAACUACCACCAUGACUGUAACGUGGACGACGACAAGCGCCGCCCAGGUUGCAACAAGUCCAGCAAACACCACGCCACCGCUCGGGUCAACAAGUUCCAUGGCAACCUCUGCAACUUCCGCGACCACCACUCCCACUACUACCACCACUGCCAGCACAUCCGGUGCUGCAACUGGACCAGGCUCUUCGACCACAUCCACCACGAGCAUUGCCUCUAGCAUCGAGGCAUCGACCACUCUCCCGAGCUGGGUGUCCGAGAUGCCCAUGGGCUGCGGGCCCAAGGUGUGCCCCUUCCGCAGCUCCAUGGAGGCUGUCGUGAAGCAGAUGCACCACCGGAUGGCAAUCGAGCUCACAUGCGAUGCUGAUGUCGAUUUCGUCCGCGGCAUGCUCCCACAUCAUGAGGGAGCUGUGGCGAUGUGUGCAGCUUUGGAUGAGUCGCACGGCUGGCUCCAGGCGAAUGUCCGCUGUGCUGGGCUGUUUCAUGAUUUGCUCCCUUGCUUGCCUUGCCCAGAAGUAGAAGUGCUUCGACGAGAAGUCAUUCGUUGA